UUGAUACGUAUAUAAAGAAACCAUUUCGGAUCUGAUGGGCAAAUAUACGCUUUAAAAGGAAGUAGACGUGCGUUGGAUUUUGACAUUAUGCCAUAGCCUUAUUAGACAUGAAGCAAAUAUUCAUUGAUAACGUUGUGUUUGUUCUUUUUUGCAUAUUUUCUGACAAAGAAAUCGUUUCAACGUUAAAUUAUAGUACUGAAGUUUUACAGCGUGGACUGGAAGUCUGUAGAAACGAAAUCAAUUUUUGUACUGUCGAAAAAGAAAGAGAGAAUCGAAGGACAUGUUGUUCUCAAUGUUCGUGUUGGAACAGUUGCUUCGAAAAAGGAGAAUGCUGUCCAGAUAUUACAUACACUACUUUCCGGUUUAAGCAUGCUUGCCAUUCAAUUUUUUAUGAGAAUUCUGAAUACUGGAAAAGGCAAAGCGAGAUUCCAGCGAGAAGUUACGAAAUGGUGACGAGUUGUCUGGAUGGCACGCUCUGUAGUGUCAACACUUCUUUGUCUGGAGAAGAUGUACUUUUGGAUGAUUUGGUAGUUGUAUACACUGAACCAGAUAAUGUUAUAUUUCAAAAUAAAAGGUGUGCAGAAUGCAAUGGUAUUCACGAUUACAAGAGGUGGAGACUGAUUGCGUCAGAUUGCAUGUUUAGAGAAGACAACAUUCCGGCUGAUAUGUCUGCUAAAGAAAUGUAUCAACAUUUGCUAAGCAACUGUAUCAUUUAUUCCUUUCCUCCGAUUUCCUUAGUGGAUAUAAUGUAUCAACAGAUGUGUGGAAAAAAACAUUAUAAAGCCGAUAUUAUAACCACAUGCAAUGUUACUGGUCGCUGGGAUGUUUUCAACAACACUGUAUAUGAGGCAUGCGCAGAUGAAUACUUAAAUUUUCCUUUGACAUCUUUCAGAGUGGUUUACAAGAAUGUAUAUUGUUUUAUAUGUAAUCAUAAAGAAGAUGAAAAAGUGCCUCCAUCUUGCUUACGAUCUCUAUUCGACCGUUUUACGACCGAGUUCGUUGAAAUCAUGGAUUUGCAAACUGACUUUUCGCCACUUACAGAAGCAGCUCCUAGUGGAAUGUGUGAUGAUAACGAAGAAUUCGACGAAAUAUUUGACGUGUGUAGAGCUGCAAUUUGUCCCCGACUUAACUAUUUCCUAAACGGAAUUUGCAAAACCCCUCCCUUUGCAGUGUCAAGCAAGUUUCAAUACAAAUUCAAUAUAAUGUGUUUUCCUUCCGAACUCAUACCAUUUAGUAUGUCAUUAGAUGCUAUUACUCUAGAAUAUCUAUUCAAUAGGAUAUUAGAUGUAACUUAUACCAGAGAUAUAUGCCGAAAUUAUAAGUUGAAUUCCGUGACAGCUUACUUUCAUAGGCAUUCUCUUACUUUACACUACUUUAAUGUUGAAGUAAACGCACCUACAGUAUGGGACAUUAAUUGUACUCAAGACAGAUUAGCCAAUGCACUUCAGAGCCUUGCUCAUGGAAUUGAAUUAAAUUUUACGGUUACCACAGACCCCGAACACGAAAAAACAAUAAACAUUAUAUUAGUACCUGAUAACAGGACCCAAAUGUUCGAUUCCCUUGAAAGAUUAGCUCCUAAUAACAAGACACAUUUCAGCAAAAUUCUAUUCGAAACAAACUCUAACGGUUUAACCACAACCGUUAUUGAAAUGCCUUUUGUUUGUCCACAUUUUACGUUGGACGAUACAGAAUAUUCCAGGUUAUUUAAUAUGUACAAUGAAAAAGAACCAUACAUGGAAGAUACCGCAUUUGUCAAAAAAUAUAGAAUUGUUGUCAAAACAUUUGUAAAUUCGUAUGUAGAGCUUUUGGACGACGGACUAUUACGGACAUAUUCUAUUUGCCUUGAUCAAUAUAAACUUAUAGCAUCUAAACUGAAACCUGAACCUUCAACUAUUUUGAGUACUAUCUCCUUAGUACUUUCUUGUAUUUCGAUAACCUGCACUCUGGUUGUAUUCCUAUUAUUUUGUGUCGCAAAAAGGUUAAACAAUGGCCCAAUGGUAAUUUUCGGAUGUGCUCUUUUUAAUCUCUUCAUUGCUCAAGGUGCAUUUCAGACUGGACGCGGAUGGAACGAUAAAUCGGUAUUCUGUCAGGCCAUUGGUAUUGCUAUUCAUUAUUUCUGGUUGACUUCAGUGUUUUCUCUCAAUGCCUUUUGUUAUCUCAUCUUAAGAGAAAUGGUGUCCAGGAGAAUACAAAUGUGUGGUAAAGAUUUGAUAUUUUCUUUGCUUUAUGUCUAUGGCUUACCGGCUUGCUUUGUCUUUGUGAAUAUCUUGUUCACUAAUGCGGACAUAUCAAAUCAAAUUAAAAGUGGGUAUGGUGCAGGCCAAUGUCAUAUCAAUACGGUCUUAAUGAAGGGACUUUUGUUUGCUUUGCCCAUCCUUGCAACUGUAGCUUUUAACAUUGUAAUUAAUUGUAUGAUUGCUACUAAAAUCAAACAUACACAAACCACCGCGUUCUUCCCAGACAGAAAAUACUGGUAUGCUUUUGUUUUCUUUCAUCUGCUUAUAGUUGUUGCCCUUACAUGGAUAGUUGGCAUUCUUAAAGAGUUUGUAACAUUCCAGGCAUUUGAUUAUUGGUUUGAUGUCUUUGUUGGCGGACAAGGAAUUAUUCUUCUGCUUUUACUCGUUCCUUUGACUGCAGAAAAAAGUUCUCAAGAAAUAAGAACAUGAUACAAUUCAAGUUCUGGCCGCGGUAAACUUUACUAUUAAUGCCAUUUCAGCAUUCUGCCUAUAUAUUUUAUCAUCCUGUCAUGAUAAACGCCGGGUCCUAUUUUCUUGCUGUCUAGUAGAUGUGACUGCGCAGAUAUAAGUCGCGUUUUUCUAAAUUGAUAUGUUUGUUUUGUACGUGCGUGUCUGUUGUUGUAUUAUAUUUUUUAUUCCCUGUGUAUAUUGUUGUCCUUAAUGCUGUAUAUUUAAACAUAUUUUUAUCGAUA